AUGGCUGAUACACAACGAGCCGACGUGCUCCACCUGCGAAUGUCGGAGGCACCAUCGUCCAAACUCUUCACUCAAGACGAACUUAAGCAGCUUAUCAAUGAAGAUGAUUUGGUGAAAAUCUUGGGGAUGACCCAGAGUCUUAUCGACAGAAAAAUGAUGAAGUUGGUUAAAUUGGGCGAAGAGUUGCGAUUCCAGGCCAUUCUGGCGUCUGAGACAAGAAAGCUCACUUCCAUGACUGAUGACGAGCAGAUGAUCUAUUCUUACAUCGAAGCGUCUGGAAGAGAGGGUAUCUGGACGAAAACCUUGAAGGCCAAGACGAACAUGCACCAGCACAUUGUUAUGAGAUGCUUGAAACAGUUGGAGAGUCAGAGAUACGUCAAGCUGAUCAAGUCCGUCAAGCAUCCUACGAGAAAGAUAUAUAUGCUUUACAACCUCCAGCCGUCCGUAGAUGUGACGGGAGGUCCGUGGUUCACGGAUAGUGAGCUCGAUACUGAGUUCAUCGACUCGCUUUUGACAGUGGUUUGGCGUUACAUUGCCCUGAAAACAUACCCUACAGCUUUCCAGGAUCCCGCUCCCAACACCAAUGUGUUGCAGAGUACGUUUCCUGCGCACCACCCUGGAUUUGCUACGUUGGACUCAAUCAUGGAGUUCAUCACCUCCAACAAAAUCACCAACAUCGAUUUGGCCCUCAAUGAUAUCCGUUCGUUGUGCGAAGUAUUGAUCUAUGACGAUAAAAUCGAGUUGGCCAAGAACACCUCGGAUGUGUACAUCGCUACCUGGCAAAGUGUUUUGGAGGCUGGCUACGGAAGACAGUAUAAUGAUGAAACGUGUUUGAACGAAUCACAGAAAGAUUUCGUGGAGGUGAUGAAAGCAGAACUGCAGUUCAGCGUGUUUGACUUCUAUGGAGUGAUCAACGACGAUGUGAAGGAGGACGACGUGGUGUUCCUUGACAAGUGGACCCAUCAAUAG